CCCCGCCCCGCGCCUGCCCAGUCACGAGCUCGGGCUGGGGCUCAGACAGGGGUGACCGGCUCCGCGACCGCCGGCGUCCGUCUCUGUCCCUGGGGCUGCUCCGCGUCCCCGUCCGUGAGCGGCAGAGCCGCGGAACGCCUGCUCAUGGAGCCCCGGGGCCCGGCUCGGGCCGCGCUGCUCGGGCCGCUGCUGCUGCUGCUGUGGCCGCUCCUCCUGCCUCCGUCCGGGCCGGCCGUGUCCGCCCAGAGCGCGGCCGCUGCUUGCUCCGAGAACACGAACAAAUCCUGCAGCGAGUGCCUGAAGAACGUCUCGUGCUUCUGGUGCUACACGAAUAAUGCUUGCCUGGACUAUCCGGUCCAGAAGAUCCUGCCGCCCAGCUCGCUCUGCCAGCUGAGCUCUGCCCGAUGGGGCGUGUGCUGGGUGAACUUCGAAGCCUUGAUCAUCGCCAUGUCGGUGGUGGGAGGUGCCCUCCUCCUGGGGAUCACCAUCUGCUGCUGCUGCUGCUGCUGCCGGAAAAAGAAAAACCCCAGGUCCGACAAAGAGGAGGAACGCGCUGCCAGGGAGAGGGAAGAGAGAAGAGUUCGGCAGGAGGAGAGGAGAGCGGAGAUGAAGUCCAGACAUGAAGAAAUCAGGAAGAAAUACGGCCUGUUUAAAGAGCAGAAUCCUUACGCCAGAUUCGAGAACUAGCCCCCGUGGAGCCCCCUGCGGGCCAUAGGCGGCCGGACCUUCUCUGCCUGGACGAGCCCCGCAGACACCAAGGAAAGCCCGCCCCAGCCUCCAUUAACGCCAUGCUUUCAGUAAAGAGCCUUAUGUUCAAUA